AUGAAGAAGAGCAGCAAGGAGAUCUCCUCCUCGCAGUCGUUAAAAAACGGCGGAAGCGACCACUUCUUUAACACAUCAUUAAUGUACGUGUUGGCCGCCUGCCUGGCGUCCUUCAUCUUUGGGUACCAAGUGAGUGUGCUUAACACGAUCAAGAAUUUCAUUGUAAUAGAAUUUGGGUGGUGCACAGGAAAUAAGGUAGAAUGUGAUGAUAGCACGCUGAAGAGUUCGUUCCUGUUGGCGUCUGUCUUUAUAGGUGCCGUGGUUGGGAGUGGAUUUUCUGGUUACCUAGUGCAGCACGGAAGGAGGUUUUCCCUGCUAGUCAUUUAUAAUUUUUUUAUUCUGGUGAGUAUAUUGACAUCUAUUACGCAUCACUUCCACACGAUAUUGUUUUCGCGUCUGUUGAGUGGAUUUGGAAUAGGCCUCAUCACGGUGAGUGUGCCCAUGUACAUCUCGGAGAUGACCCACAAGGACAAGAAGGGCGCCUACGGGGUCCUCCACCAGCUGUUCAUCACCUUUGGGAUAUUCGUAGCGGUGCUGUUGGGCAUGGCCAUGGGGGAGGCCCCAGACGCCAAGUCAGUAGACGCUUUGGGAGAGUUUCAGAAGAUAUGGUGGAGACUCAUGUUCUUCUUCCCCUGCCUUAUCUCCAUCCUGGGCAUCGUCCUGCUGACCUUUUUCUACAAAGAGGAGACCCCCUACUACCUAUUUGAGAAUGGAAAAAUAGAAGAGUCAAAAAAAAUUUUAAAAAAAAUUUACGGAACGGAUAACGUGGAUGAGCCUUUGAAGGCAAUUAAAGAUGCAGUGGAGCAGAACGAGGCGGCGAAGAAGAAUUCCAUUUCGUUGAUGAGAGCGAUGCAGAUUCCCUCCUACCGUAAUGUCAUCCUGUUGGGUUGUAUCCUCUCCGGUCUGCAGCAGUUUACAGGAAUAAACGUUUUGGUGUCCAAUUCGAACGAGCUGUAUAAGGAAUUUCUGAGCAACAAAUUAAUAACCACCCUAAGUGUCAUCAUGACAGUUGUUAAUUUCUUGAUGACCUUCCCAGCCAUCUAUAUUGUGGAGAAGCUAGGAAGAAAGACUCUCCUCCUUUGUGGUUGCGCGGGGGUUAUUUGUGCCUUCUUACCCACUGCCAUAGCAAAUCAGAUUGAUCGAUCGUCCGAUUUUGUGAGGAAUCUCUCCAUUGCGGCCACCUUCGUGAUGAUCAUUUCGUUUGCCGUUUCGUACGGACCCGUGCUGUGGAUUUACCUGCACGAGAUGUUUCCUUCAGAGAUAAAGGACAGCGCGGCCAGCUUGGCCUCCCUCGUCAACUGGGUGUGUGCCAUCAUAGUGGUGUUCCCGUCCGACAUAAUUAUUAAGAAGUCCCCCACGAUUUUGUUUUUCAUCUUCUCGGGCAUGUCCAUUUUGUCCUUCCUCUUCAUCUUCUUCUUCAUCAAGGAGACGAAGGGUGGCGAAAUUGGCACCAGUCCGUACAUCACCAUGGAGGAGAGGCAGAAGCAUAUGGGCAAGUCGGCCGUGUGAGCGGCCAAAAGGGAGGAGUAUUAGAGUAUUAGAGUAUUGGAGGCGCAUCAGAGCAGUAUUAGCGGCGCAUCAGAGCAGCAUUAGAGGCGCAUUAGCCGAAGCGCACUCCACACAGCCGCGUGGACGACUCUUUCCGGAUCGAGCUGAAAAAAAAUGUGCGCAAAAAGCCGCUCAACACGCGUG